AUUCACUUCAGUUUGUGCUGUGACUUCAGGCGAAAACCACAACAAACGCUCCUAUCGCAAGCGCAGAAAAGCUCGCAGUGUAACGAUCGCUCGAAUAUUGGAAAUACCACAAAUACCUGUAGUCGUACAUGAAAUAAGCAUUGUGCUUCCUCAAGUUUCCGAGUCGUCAAUUGCAUGCAAUCGCAGUGAAGAGUAACUUUUCAUUUACUUCUAUUAGUCAGUCACUCAGUCAGUCGGUUAGUGGGUGAGUCGCAGCAGUGCCGCGAAAAGCCUAGUACGAGUAUAACAGCAGCGAUAUUAGUAUAUGAAUAGUCACGAACGCUCCUCCAAGGAACUGCAUGCUUAUACCUGUUUCAAUUUUCAUGCAGAAACUCAUAUUUCCACAUAAUGGAACUCCUUACUACAGUGGAACAAAGUGAAAAAUCUCAAAUAGCCCAAUGGUAUGCUGGCAAAAGCAUACUUAUAACCGGCGCCACGGGUUUUAUGGGCAAGGUGUUGGUGGAGAAAUUGUUGCGCAGCUGUCCGGAUGUAAAAAAGAUCUAUCUGCUCAUAAGAUCCAAGAAAGGUGUCGAUCCAUUGAUACGCAAGGACCAGUUUUUCAAAUGUGUGAUUUUCAAUAAGAUUUUAAAAGAAAAUCCUGAAAUUGUGAAUAAAAUUCAAGUGAUCAAAGGUGAUGUGUUGGAAAAAAAUCUUGGUUUGAGCGCAAAUGACACAAACGUAUUAGUAUCAAAUGUUGAAGUGAUAUUCCAUUGUGCUGCUAACGUGAGGUUUGAUCAACCCCUGCGACCUAUGGUUCAAAUGAACGUUGUGGGUACAUUGAAAUUGCUGCAGUUGGCUGAAAAAAUGGCCAAUCUUCAAGUAAUCAUACACGUGUCAACUUCAUAUUGUCAAUGCAACGAAAGCGUUUUGGAAGAGCGCGCCUAUCCAGCACCACAAAAUCCUUUCGAUGUAAUAAAAAUGGUGGAAGAAAUGAGCGAUGAUGCGUUGCAGGAAAUAACACCAAGACUGUUGAAUGGACUACCCAACACAUAUGCCUAUAGCAAAGCGCUUACUGAAGAUCUGAUUUGUAGAUAUGGUAAAAAUUUGCCUAUCAUUAUUACCCGACCAUCAAUUGUUACUGCAGCAAUUAAGGAACCCCUGCCUGGUUGGAUAGAAGGUGUUAAUGGGCCUACCGGCCUUAUGAUUGGCGCAGCACGUGGCGUAAUUCGUUCAAUGCAUUGCAACCCUGACUAUUCAUCAACAGUUAUACCGGUAGAUACAGCCAUUAAUGGAAUGAUAAUUGCGGGAUACAAUCGUAGCAAUUCAAAAAAACAAGGAAAUGUGGAGUUUUGUAAUCUUUGCAUAUCAAAGAAAGCUCUCUUUUCUUGGGGUGAAAGUAUUGAGACUGGCAAGCGAUUUUUCUAUGACUUUCCACUAAGCUAUGCACUGUGGUAUCCAGAUGGCUCAAUCAAAAAGAAUUAUUACCAUCAUUUAUUUUGUGUGAUUUUCUUUCACUACUUUCCGGCAUACCUCAUUGAUUUCCUCUUAUUACUUUUUGGACGAAAGCGAUUUAUGGUGCAUGUUCAAAACAAAAUUUCAACGGGACUGAAAUUAUUGCAGUACUACACGACUAAAGACUGGGACUUUAGAAAUGAGAAAUUCCAAUGUUUAAGCGAUAACCUAAAUCAAUUAGAUCAGAAAAUUUUCGACGCCUCUGCUAGUCAAGUUAACUGGGAGCAAUACAUACGUGGCUAUAUAAUUGGCAUGCGUACAUAUAUACUUGGGGAGAAUGAAGAUACAAUUCCACAGGCAAAGAAAGUUCUACGUCGUUUAUAUAUUUUGGAUCGUUUAACAAAAUAUACCAUUUGUAUAUUAGUUUUUUGGUUUUUGUGGGCCCAUCUUGAAAACUUUGUGGAACGAAGUGAUGCUAUAAUACGUUCAUCUUUACAUAUAAUUUAUAAAGAUACUAAUAAAACUCUUCAUAUAUAGUACAAUUUAUGAUUUUUAAAAAAUAUAACAUGUUAAUAUUUUGUAUUGUUUAAGUAUAUUAUUUUUAUUCUAUUAACAUAAGCCUAUAAACAAAUAACAAAUUUAAGUAGGCGCUCAUUUAUUAUAAUAAAAACUAUAAUUCUGAUCAAAUAAAUAGGUAUUUGCGUAAAUGCUAGAAGAGUUACGAGUACACUA